AUGUAUCUGUACUACACAUCACUAACAGUGGCCUUCCAGGCACAAGAGAUGGGCACGACCUGCCCCAGACCUCUGGCAAGUGUGAUGGCUCUUCUGCGGCCCUGCAUCCUGGUGGCUGCUACAGGAAUUCUAGCCACAGGCUUGCCUCAUCUCAAGGAUUCUGCCCUGCAUCAUCUCACCAAACAGCUGCUACAGCAAUAUCACAAGGAAGUGAGACCCGUUCACAACUGGGUUGAACCCACCACUGUCUACCUAGACCUAUUUGUCUACGCUGUGUUGGAUGUGGACAUACAGAAUCAAAAAUUAAAGACGAGCGUGUGGUACUGUGAGGUUUGGUCUGAUGAGUUCUUGUCCUGGAACGCCAGCAUGUUUGAUGAGAUUAGAGAGAUCUCUCUGCCUCUCAGCACCAUCUGGGCCCCUGAUAUCAUCAUCAAUGAGUUUGUGGACACUGAAAGAUCUCCUGACCUUCCCUAUGUUUAUGUGAACUCAUCUGGGACCAUUAAGAACUAUAAGCCCAUCCAGGUGGUGUCUGCAUGCAGCCUACAGACCUAUGCUUUUCCCUUUGAUAUCCAGAACUGCAGCCUAACCUUCAAUAGCAUUCUGCACACAGUGGAAGAUGUAGACCUGGGCUUUCUGCAGAACAGAGAAGAUAUUAAGCAUGACCAAAAAUCAUUUUUGAAUGACAGCGAGUGGGAGCUGCUUUCCGUGUCCUCAACAUACAACAUCUUGCAGAACAGUGCUGGAGACUUUGCACAGAUUCAGUUUAACGUGGUGAUUCGCAGACGCCCCCUGGCCUAUGUCGUGAGCCUGCUGAUUCCCAGCAUCUUCCUAAUGCUCAUGGACCUGGGGAGCUUCUAUCUGCCCCCCAACUGCCGGGCAAGGAUUAUAUUCAAGACCAGCGUGCUGGUGGGCUACACUGUCUUCAGGGUCAACAUGGCUAACGAGGUGCCGAGGAGUGCAGGGGGGACCUCUCUGAUUGGUGUCUUCUUCACAGUCUGCAUGGCCUUCUUAGUGCUCAGCUUGUCUAAGUCAAUCCUCUUGGUCCAAUUUCUCCACAACGAACAGUGCAGUGGGCGAGAACAGCCCCUCUUAUGCCUUCAAAGGGGUGCUGAUGCUGAAGGAUCUGGAGUGGACCCCAGGGCCCCGUGUGCUGGGGGAACAGAGUCCCCAGUUUAUCAAGAGCACCAGGCCCAGACAGGGGCCCUGAAAGAAGUCUGGUCCCAGCUUCGAUCCAUCAACAACUCCCUCCAAACUCAGGACCAGGUGGACCAGCAGGAGGCUGAGUGGCUGGCUCUCCUCUACCGCUUCGACCAACUGCUCUUCCGAAGCUACCUUGCCAUGCUGGGGCUCUACACCAUCACCCUGUGCUCUCUCUGGGUUCUGUGGAGUGGCUUGUGA